UAUUUAUGCAGUUGUUUAUCGUUAUUUUUGGAAGGAGGCGGUCCCCGCGUAGCUCCAGCGCAUCCCGGGUUGAGAGCUGACGGAUGAGCGUCAGCUGGAUGUUAACUUUUCACUCGUUAAGGAAUGACCGAGCAUCCUUUUAUCCAUCUGUGGGUACAGCGAACGUCCACGAAACAAGUUCAUUCCUUACUUACAGCUAUAAACAGCUAAGAAGACCCAAAAAAACACUCGCGGCUCUGAACUCUAAACUCCUCUGUCCUGAAGAUGUCAGAAAAACCUCUCAAGUUACAGCUUCACACUGACACUGGAGACUCCUUCCGUAAACGUCACAUAAACAUUCGUUCUUGUAAAGCUUCCCUGUGGCGAUUUUGUUAGAGGAUUGUCGUGCAAACGAUGGUGAAGUGCUCUAACCAGGAGAACAAAAUCACGUCUCACUUCCUGCCUUAGGCCUUCGUUUUAUUACCAGGGUCUGCUCUUCUGUCUCUCUCCCUCUCUGUUUGUAUCCCCUCCUCCACCCGUUCAGCCAUCCAUCCAUCCAUCCAUCUCCCCAGCACACUCCAUAGCCCUAGGGACGUGACCUUUAGCCCCCCCCCCAUCAUAAACAAGGUGUCCAUGUCUCCCUGAUUGAAACGACACCAUCGACAGCUGCAGUCGUGUGUCACCGUGCCUUCGGGCCUUCAGCACAGGAGCAGGCUCUGUCUAUCACACCACUUCGGCAGGGUUUUGUCAUGAUACUCUUUUAAUUCCUUCCCAGGCAAGUGAAAGGUUCAAGGCUCCUGUCGUGAAGCAUCGCCGUAACAGAGAGAGAGCUCCGAGCAUGAAAAAAAGAUGUUCUGAUGCGAGGAUGAAGUGUCUGAGCGGAGACUGCGCCAUCACCUGCCAAGUGUGUAAAAACAGAUGCAAGGAUGACGGCCAAUCAAAAUACGGAUAUUAAAAAAGCACUUACUCGGCUUGUACAUCCAGUAAUUAGUGACAUUUGGCUUUCGGGAGCACCAUGGGUAAUAUGACUCCGUGGCGUUUUAUUGUGCAAUUAAGAAGUCGCGAACCAGCUUAGGUACGGACAUUUGGGUCCCUCUGAUAGACGAUCGGCGCCAGGAUUCGGCUCGACGCUGGAGUCGAAUGCUUCCUAGUUUCCCGGAGAACCACAGGCGACACCGCAGACUUUAAUAACAAUAAACGAGGCAGCAUGAUGGAAGCCUGGUGGUUGGUUUAUGAGCUUGACCCUGGUGAAAAUGAUCAAGAAAGCUUUCAUUAAACACGACUACAACUCCAAUAUUAGCGAUUCACAAUUAACCAACAAUCUAUGUAAACCAAUUUAAAUUGAGUUAAAUGUGUUUUGUUUUACAAAUAUUAAAACAAUUCGUGCACCCCUGGUGCGGGAGGAAACCGGUGCAACUCGUCAGCAGAUGUUUUGGGGGGGGGGAAAUAAAAGAGGGGAAAGAAACAAGUUUGGCCAGAGGCUAAAUAAACAAUUGAAUUUUGGUUAAGCGAACUAACAUAAUUAGCCGGAAUAAAGUAGAGCCUGUCACUGGGUCAUGCUCUUAAAAGCCAGAGCCUGGGGAGGAGAGAGAGGUCGAGCAGAUCCAGAACAGCUCCAACGCUGGACAGGGGGACGGACCUGCACAGAGAGGAGACGGCGGUACUGAAGAAGGUUAGAAGACCGAAAAGUGAUGAAGAAAUCGAGUGAAAAGGAAAAGCUUGGGUAGCAACAUCGACUGCUGAGCAUAUUGGAGAUAGAAUAUCUUUCUAGAAGACCUGACGAAGGUCGUGAGACGUCUUGAGACGUCUGAAACACAUCCCGGACCAUCUUACAAAACAUUUUAAGAUUAAAAUUCUGAACCACCUUUAAAAAGACGGAGUGAUGCGUCUGUUAAACAAGGACCUGCGUCUGCAGGAUGUCACGCUGAUCUACGCCAUCCUGCUCGUCGCCCUGGUGGUCCUCCUGGUUGCACCGUACCACGCUUCAUCCCCAUCUUUGUCUCCGUCUUCAUCUUCGUCUCCAGACGGCCCCUCGAGACCUUCCUUACCCUACCACGUCCCACUGGAUCCCGCCGGGCAGCUGGAGCUCUACUGGAACAUCAGUUACGCCGAGCAGGAGGUGUACAUGGAGCUCCGAGCCAAGGAGCUGCGCCACGGUCUCCUGCUGGGCAUGUCGGACCGCGGGGAACCCACCGACGCCGACCUAGUGCUUCUGUGGAACGAUGGGCACAAGUCCUACUUUGGGGAUGCGUGGAGUGAUCAUGAAGGCCGGGUAACGUUGGACAGUCAGCAGGAUUACGAGCUGCUGGAUGCGCGGAACACUCCGGAAGGCUUUUCUUUGCUCUUCAAGAGACCCUUCAGUACCUGCGAUCCCCAUGACUACGUUAUAGAGGAAGGAACAGUCCACCUGAUCUUCAGCAUACUCGAUCAGCCAAUCCACUCUCUUCGUCAGCUCAACGUGUCCCGCCUCCAACCUGGCGUUCAGCGAAUCCUUCUGCUGCGUCCUGAUGCGCCCAGCCCCUCUCUUCCGUCGGACGUGCGCACGCUGGAGGUUCUGGCCCCCGACAUCGUUAUCCCUGACCAGGAGACCACCUACUGGUGCUAUAUGUACCAACUGCCCCCCAACAUGCCCAAGAACCACAUCGUCAUGUACGAGGCGGUGGUGAGCGUGGGGAACGAGGCCAUCGUGCAUCAUAUGGAGGUGUUCGAAUGCUCGCCUCACAUGGACUCCGUCCCUCAGUACAGCGGCUCCUGCGACUCCAAGAUGAAGCCGACGAAGCUGAACUCCUGCCGACACGUCCUGGCAGCGUGGGCCCUCGGAGCCGAGCCAUUCUACUACCCCUCGGAUGCCGGUCUUCCUCUGGGUGGAGAAGGUUCCUCUAGGUUCCUUCGUUUGGAGGUGCACUAUCACAACCCACUAAUCAUGUCAGGGCGUCGUGACUCCUCGGGUAUCCGUCUGUGGUUCACUCCGUCUCUGAGGCGCUUCGACGCCGGGAUCAUGGAGCUCGGUUUGGUCUACACGCCCGUCAUGGCCAUCCCUCCUCACCAGCACACGUUCCACCUCACGGGCUACUGCACUGCCGAGUGCACACGCACGGCGCUGCCUCCUGGAGGGAUCCAUAUUUUUGCGUCUCAGCUGCACACACACCUGGCGGGCCGAGGCGUCCGCACCGUGCUGGUGAGAGGAGGCAGAGAGGUGGAGGUGGUGCAGGAGGACAAACACUUCAGCACACACUAUCAGAUCAUCCGCAUCCUCAGGAAGAUGGUGACUGUUCUGCCAGGUGAUGUGCUUCUGACAAAAUGCACUUACAACACAGAAGACAGAGUCGAAGCUACAGUGGGUGGAUUUGGGAUCAUGGAGGAGAUGUGUGUGAAUUAUGUGCACUAUUACCCACGUACACAGCUGGAGCUCUGUAAGAGUCACGUAGACCCUGAUUACCUGCAGAAAUACUUCAGCAUCAUCAACAGGUUCCAUGGCGGGGACAGCUGCAGCUGCUCUCAGACCACAGUAGAGGACCAGUUCUCCGCCGUGACCUGGGACUCCUUCAGUGCCGAGGUGCUCGACUCGCUGUACACCACCUCACCCAUCUCCAUGCACUGUAACCAGUCCAUCGCCGAGCUCUUCCCCGGCGACUGGGAGAAACGGAAGAUUCCCCAGGUGUUAACGGAGCUCCAGCCAGCCGCGCGACCUUGCGACCCGAGCCGAGCGCCGGCUCAGAGUAACGGCCCUACAGAGGUCCGACCCCGACGCAGCGGAUAACGCCGAGUCUUCCCGUUCCCGCGCCGACGCUCCCAGGCCUCCACCGGCGCGGUGCACUUACAGUAUAUAAAUAAAUAAAAACGUUGCUGAAUUCACGUCCAUGGUUGCCGCAUAUUUAUACUUUAAUUACAGUCGCUCGUGAAGUCUGUAACAGCUGACUAGCGCUUUGCUAACUUCUUCCAGGGUUUAUAAGCUUUACGCAUAUAAAUACUUUUCAUUUGGUCAUUUCUCUUCAGUGGAACGGUACACUCCGCCGCCACGAGAGCAACCUGCGAGUACAGGUUUAAUCUAAACUACUGUUUGUGCUUAUUUUUGUGCAGUGAGUAAUGCAGGCUCGCUUCAGCCAAUCAGGAACGAGGAUUUUUUUGCGGCGUCUCUGCCUGGGGGUAAACGCUCGC